AUGCUAGCCUCUUUGCUUCGUCCAAAAGGACGGCGGGAUCGCAUUGACCAGACGCCUUUCUCCUCCCCGUUUACACCCAGUGAAACCUCUCCGUGGUUUCGAGCGGCCGCGCGACGCGUUCCGCCGCGCGCUCGCGAUGCCAACCACAGCAGUGAAGACGACGCGCCAGAACUCGAGGAGAUCGACGAGGAAAUGGACGAGGACUGGGUUGGGGAAGAGGACGAGGAAGACGAUGGGCCGGUCGAGUCAACCCCUCUCUUGCCCCUGUUCUCCUCGUCGCAUUUGGAUGCCCUGCCCGUGUACGAUAUCACCCAUGCUAUCCGUCCCUUAAUCGCCUCUCGAUGCGAGACAACCUUGACCUGGGACCAACUGCGCUCACCUCAAGUCUCACAGUUCCUCGUCAAGCCGAUCCAGCAGAAAAUUAUGGCGGCACACUUCUCACGAGCCACCCUCUAUGCUUUGAUGGCCAAUUGCCUGCAGUUCGAAAAGGAAAUCCAACUCAGCCCUGGCAACAGUGGUGCUAAUCAGACCAGAGCGAUGGUAAGCGAGCUGCUUGCCAUCAAGUUAUUGCGGGAAUACACAACCAGGGAAUUGAUCGACGCCUUGUCCUAUGAGUUCUAUCCUCUCCAGGGUCAGGAUCCCGCUGCUGCAUGGUCACCUAGCCCACAGGGAAGGCGAUUGGCAGGCUCGGCCCGUGUAUCGUGUCUGGAGGUGGCCAUUCGUGCCCAGGCCAAGCGAUUCCUGGCCCAUCCGGUAGUGGUGCAGCAAUUGGAGGCCAUUUGGGCCGGCACGAUCGUCUUCCAUUCUGCUGCCGAUCACCUCCAUCGCCAGGGGAACAGAGCUACCGCUGGCGAUCUGGACUACGGGACGUCGUUGGACCAGAGUGGAAACCAGGUGCCUAUCCCUCGCAGUGCACAGCACAGGCGGUCCGUGACUUUGUACAAUCCUCGCGACGCAUCAUUAUUCAAACUCUCGCGAUUACGGGUUCCGCGCUAUCGCCAAUUUCUCUCGACAUUGUCUUUCGCAGUCUUACUUGGACUGUUUUUGGCGGUUUUAAGUCAAAAGAGUCGGUCGAUCACAUCCCUCGAGAUCUUGUUCUGGUUCUGGAGCGCGGGAUUCAUGCUGGACGAGAUCGUCGGAUUCAACGAGCAGGGAUUCAGCCUUUACCUUAUGAGCUUUUGGAACCUUUUUGACCUGGGUAUUCUGUUGCUGCUCUUCUGUUACUGCUGCCUUCGGAUCUAUGGGACUUUUUUGACAUAUCCGCGUAACCGUGAUUUGGCCGACCUAGCAUACGAUAUCCUGGCUGCUAAUGCAGUACUGCUGUUUCCGCGUCUCUUUUCGAUUCUUGACCAUUAUCGCUAUUUCUCCCAACUGCUGAUUGCGUUCCGCAUUAUGGCCGCGGAUCUGAUUGCGGUCUUCGUACUUAUCGUGAUUGCAUGCAGUGGCUUCUUCGUCGCCUUCUUGUCUUUUGGAAACGAUAACUCACCGAGAACAGUGGCCUACGGUUUAUUCCAGAUGCUUAUGGGCUUUACACCCACUGCAUGGGCCAUGUGGGAAGAUUACAACUUCGUGGGAAGGGCAAUUUUGACGCUCUUCCUCUUUAUAUGUCAUUUCGUGGUGGUGACCAUACUAAUCACUGUCCUCACCAACUCCUUCAUGAGAAUUGUUCAAAAUGCCAACCAGGAGCAUCAAUUCUUGUUUGCUGUCAACACGAUUUCAAUGGUAAAAUCCGAUGCCCUGUUUUCCUACGUGGCCCCGGCAAAUACUAUCGCUUGGCUUGUGACGCCUUUGCGAUCUGCAAUGCCGUUCCGUCAGUUCAUUAAACUCAACCGAACGAUCAUCAAAAUCACUCACCUACCGAUUCUUUUCACUAUUUGCCUGUACGAGAGGGCGAUUCUCAGUCGCCAAGUAAUUGAGCCGAUAGAUCUGGUUGAAACCACGUCCCGUGAAGAAGCAUCAGGCCGCCCGCAAAAUCGGCCACCUAGUCGGUUCCGUGGAUUUAGCUCAAAAGCACACCCUCUGGUGCGAGAGCCAUCUGUUGCGACGUAUCAGAAAGACCGGGCGCUAGAGGAGGUGUUCCGAAGGCCGUUUGGGGAAGAAGGGAUGCAUGAGCGGCGACCCAGUAGCAUUCUGAAGCGCCAGACAAAUAAUGUGAUCAAAGACUGGAUGCAGGAAAUCGGCUCUGGCCCUGCUCACACUCCCGAUGAACAAGACUCAGCCGUCCUUGAAAUGCCUCCGCGUCGACCUCGGCUCCCCUUCCGGAAGACAUUGACUACGCAUGGUCGGAACUUCACUGAGACUACUCGUUCGGUGGCAUCAAAUCCGGAGGACCGAGUCAGUCAUAUUGUCAGCCCUCCGUUCCGACCUCGUCGCGAAUCGGUCUCCCCGACUCGCACCCGGCAGUUCUCGCAGCACACGGAUAUGGAGGGAGAUGACGAGCUAACUAGUGACGACGAGGACUCGCAUGGCAAACAGUCGGACAAGGGAUCCAUCGAUGACGACAAGCAUAUCAUAAGCACCGAAAAGACGACACCCAAAUUUUACAGCUCUCGACCAUCCACCGCACGAGUGUCGCGCCGUGGCAGCCCCACGCGUCGGCCCAUGCACGCUCGAAAUGCAUCUGGCAUCACCAUGCUCUACAAUCCGCUCGAGUCGCCGAAAGAAAGGACAGAGGGUCGUAGCAUCCCUCUACGAACGCAUGACGACUCUUCCGAUGACGAGAAUCCCGCUCUCGUGUCUGCGUCCGUUGACCAAGGCACGAUGAGGAAACAUGCACUGAAGGCGAUCAUGGCUCGCAACAUGUCUGGCGGUUUGAACCCAAUGUCUGUUCCAGAGCUCGACUACCUCUCUGACCGCCCUUCCGCACGACGUCAGCGGUCUUUGCUGUUUGAUCUCGGAUCUGAUCUGGGGGAUAACAGAGCAGUGGCUGGCGGUUUUGCGGGUGCCAUUCCAGGCAGUUUCAAUACCCAGAUUGCACUCGCCACUGGGGGUAUCCGCCGGGAUCUGCCUAAUCAAGACAUGCUGAGCAAAUUAGUAUUGGCUCGCAUGAACAACAUUGAAGAAGGCUUCCGCGAAGUGAUCAAAGAAGUCAAAGACCUCGCACGCGGGGGAUCUAGUCGCAGUCGCAGUCGCAGCCGGUCCGACCUGCUUCGAACAGCCGGACGCGAGAAGGAAAAGAAGAAGCGAGGGGAGAAGAAAGACACCAAGAAGCGCAGGCCGAACUUGGAGGAGAAUCAGGAGACGCGCGUCGGGAACCCCGAAGCGUAA